AAAAAUUAAACAAGACAAGAAAAAAUUGAAAGAGAGAGAGAUACACAGAGAUAUAGUAAAGUAGCUAGGAAGAAGUAUAUAUUGUGGUAGAUAAUAAUGGAUGAAGGGUCGUUUUUUCCUUUAUAAAUGCCCACCUCCUAGCACCCGCUUGCUUCCAUUUUGUGCAUCUCUCCAACUCAGAUUUUUAGAAACUAAGAACAGAGAAACCCACAAGCCAAAAGAAACAAAGAACCCUUUGUUUCUCUCCUCAAUUAGCAUCUCUACCCAUCACUUCAUUUAUUUAAUUCCUCCCAAGGAUCAGCUAGCAGCUGCCAUGGCAUACCAGAGCGAGUCCAGGGAGACUUCACCCCAGAGGAAAAUGGGUAGGGGUAAGAUCGAGAUCAAGCGGAUCGAAAACACCACAAAUCGUCAAGUUACUUUCUGCAAAAGGCGCAACGGUCUGCUCAAGAAAGCUUAUGAAUUAUCUGUUCUUUGUGAUGCUGAGGUUGCUCUUAUCGUCUUCUCUAGCCGUGGCCGCCUCUAUGAGUAUGCCAACAAUAGUGUUAAAUCUACAAUUGAGAAGUACAAGAAGGCAUGUGCAGAUUCAUCCAAUACUGGAUCUGUUUCUGAAGCUAAUGCUCAGUACUAUCAGCAAGAAGCUGCCAAGCUGCGUGGGCAAAUAAGCAAUUUGCAGAAGUCAAACAGGCAUAUGCUGGGUGAGUCGCUAGGAGCCUUAACAGUGAAAGAACUUAAGAGCUUGGAGAUACGACUAGAAAAAGGAAUCAGUAGAAUUCGGUCCAAAAAGAAUGAGCUGCUGUUUGCAGAAAUCGAGUAUAUGCAGAAAAGGGAAAUUGAUUUGCACAACAAUAACCAGAUUCUCCGAGCCAAGAUUGCUGAGAACGAAAGGAAGCAGCAGAACAUGAAUUUGAUGCCAGGUGGAGGUAACUAUGAGAUCAUGCAAUCUCAACCAUUCGAUAACAGGAACUAUUUUCAAGUGAAUGCAUUACAACCCGCUAAUCAUUAUCCACACCAAGACCAGAUGUCCCUUCAGUUAGUUUAAUAUGCUUCCAGGGGAUCCUUUAAUUCUAUUUUUCUAUGGAGAUAUCAGGUAUAUAUUUCACCUGCUGAAAGCUGCAAUUAUGCCCAAAUUUUCUAUCAGAAAUCAACUUUGUUGGCUAAUUAGCACUAUAUAUCCCACCAUGCAUAAUUGGCCUUGUGUAAUCCAACUCAAAACCUAUUAGUAUUGUUGUAAGAGAAGGAUUUAAUUUCUUUUCUGCAUGUUUAAAACUUAGAUUCUAUGACUAGUUUCAUUAACUUAUUUUAAUUUCUUGUCUCUUAUGCAAUAUAUAUAUAUCUGGUAUCUUCUUCUUGUAAUAUUAAUUCAUUUGUGGUA